AUGAAUAUGCAGCAACAGGAGCCGAUCACUACGACCCCAGUUGGAUCGGAUACAACAGGGGUGGGCGCCGCCCGGAGUAUUGUCCCAGCUCCGGGGGUGUCCUCAUCGGACGAUGGGCCACCCGCGGUGAUUACGGCAGGCACCGCGAAGGAACUGGUUACUGCCGUCUCAAAACCAGUGGUAAAUAAAGAGGCUCUUGCGCCUAAUGGAGAUGUCGCCACGUGUAAUGAGCCCGACUCGCACAGAUCCAUAAGUGCGGAUACGGUCAUCGUUGGAGAGUCUAGUCCUCCUCGUUUAGAUGCGCCGCUUAAGGAUGCCCCUCCUCUGGAGUCCCAGAGUUGGGUCACCCUUAUUGAAGAGGAAGAACGGGCUGCACCUGCUGCUGGCCCUAGUAAUCCAGCUACCAUGGAUAUUGACGAGGAACGCAUUGCGUUCAAAAGGAAGAAAUGUCGAGUUGUAGAUACUGACUCGUUAGACGAUAGUGCCUCUGAUUUAGGCGAAAAUAAGACUCGCUCUAGUAUUCCUCGUAAGAAGGCUAUUCUUAGCCUUACACAACCUAAUCUGGACGAGGGUAAAGAAGACCCAGGCUGCACUACGAAUGAAAACGAGCCGUCAGGCACGGAUGUUGAAGGAAAACGUAAGGUCGGCCGACCUCGCAGAAAGGUCCGUGCGAUAGAUCCACUUAUCGCGGAGCAGCAGAUUAUCCAGCGUACUGGCAAGGCUCCAGAUGCUAUUGAGGCUGAACUGUUACAAAAUAUGACAGUAUCUGACAUCAGUGCGCUUGCACUUGAAUACAUAGAGGCCAUUGAAAUCAUCCGUACCAAGAGCGGACGAUUACAAGGCGGACUCAGUGGAGAACUACGCAGAAGAACGCAAGGACUUAGUGGCUUUGUACGAGCACUCCAGGAGAGAGCCGAGCACGUGGGAGAUCCACAUGCGCUACAAAUCAAAAUUGACGAACUCCUCCAAGAAAUGAAGGAGAAUAAAAAAGAGGAGGAAAGACGUAAACGUGAGAUUAGCGAACUCCAAGAUACCAUCAAAGAGUUGCGCCAGGAAAAUAAGAGUAUUCGCUUAGAAAUGAGACGCACCUUUAAGGAAAUUAGAAGUAGUAUUGGUAAAGAGACAUACGCUAACAAUGAGGAUGGCAAUCCAAUCAACAUCAAAUCUCAGGAAGAUUGGCCAACUUUACCAUCACGUGACACAACUGCUCCUCCUUUAGAAGAGCUUCCUAAUGACUGGGUUUAUAGACCUCCACUGCUGGGAAAAUCGAUAGCUAUCCCGAUACGCAAUGAUUCUGUGCAUAAGGAGAUACCUAGCAUGGUAUUUUCUAACAAGGAUAAUGUUCAGGCUAAACGCACGGAUAUCCGAGUCAUUAGUAAUGUUCAAAUAAGACCGCCUAAAGCGGAAAAUCAGCAAAGGGGGACAUCCGCUCGUCCACGACCGACCCAACCUCCACGGGAUCUACCGUGGACGACUGUGGGCAAGGAUGGAAAAGCCCUAAAACAAAAGAAAGAGAAAGUCGCGACACGUACUGAGAAAAAAAGACUACCUAAAACCGCUGCGGUAAGCCUGAAAGGUAAAAGCUCGGACUUCUCCUAUGCCGAAGCACUCAAACGAAUUCGAUCCCAGAUUUCGCUCCAGGAAUUGGACAUUCAAAUGCCCAAAGUAAGAAGGGGCAUUAGUGGCAACGCUAUAAUAGAAAUACAUGGACCCGAUAAUGCCCUUAAAGCAGACCGUUUGGCAUCGGAAAUACAACGAGUCCUACAAGAAGAAGCUUAUGUUUCGCGUCCCACUAUUACUGGUGAAAUCAAACUAAUUGGAAUGGAUGAAUCCAUUUCCAAGGAGGAAAUCAUUGAGGCAGUAUCAACUACGGGCAAUUGUAAGCCUAGUGAAGUCCGAUCCGGAAAGAUUGGUCGUACGAGAAAUGGUGCUGGCAUUGUAUGGGUUCAGUGCCCCAAGACUGCUGCAAUUCUACUUACCGAAAAGAAAAGAAUACCAAUCGGAUGGUCCACUGUUAGAGUGGAGUCUUUAAAGAAGCGCCCUCUUCAAUGCCAUCGAUGCUGGCAAAUAGGACAUGUGCGUGUUAACUGCAAGUCGAGCAAAGACCAUAGUGGUUCCUGCUUCCGCUGUGGUAAGACAGGACACUCCGUGUCUACCUGUAAGAACCAGGUUCGAUGUAUAUUGUGCUCCGACUUAGGAAAGGAUUAUAAUCACCGCAUGGGUUCUAUUAGAUGUACUGGUAUAACUGUCCCAUCAUCUGACAGGAAGCCUGCCUUCUAUAAGGCAGAAGCAGCAUCUGAGGACACUUCACACGAUCAGAUUACAUCACGGAUUGACUCACCGGAUAGAAUCAACUCGCCCGAUAGGAGGACGGACGAGGUCGAGAUGGAAGAAUUGUAG